ACACACAUACCACACAAGACCACACAAGACCACACAAGACCACAAAUACCACAAAGACCACAAAUACCACAAAUACCACAAAUACCACAAAUACCACACAAUCACCACACAAUCACCACAAUAACACAAUUAUAAAACAGAUUCGAAAGAACUUUUAUACCCAUCAAAACAUUUUGCCAAUUCUUUCACACCAGAACCAUCCACAUAUCAUACCAUGUUUGCGAUGCGAAUUUGAUUUUUGUCUGGGGAUUUUUUUGACGUUGGGAUUGUAUCAAAAAGCUCGAAAAACCGUUAAGCUACCCCAACGGAUUUUGUUAGUGUGCGUGUUAGUAGGUAUCAUCAUACCAAUCAAUACCGUACCAACUCUCACUCAUCAAUCAAAUUUCACAAAGGAGUUUUUACAUAUAUUUUCCCUCACACGACCACAAUUUUGAAUCAACUUAUCUUUUAAUGUUCCCACCGAACUUGGAUUCCCUCUAUCAAUUCAAUAACUAUCAACCAAAAAAAUAAUGGAUCUCUCCAGAGAAGAUGAAUAUUUUGAGUGGGUGGAUCGAACGGAUUUGGUCGAUGUUGCGCCGCGAAUCAUUCGUCAACCCGAGAUAUCAGCCUUGAAAGUUAUCUGUAUGGACGAUGCCGAGGAUGAUGAAUUCGAAUUUCCAAGGUAUGACGAUAUACAAUGGAAUAACAACAACGAGGAUCAGGUUCCAAAGGAGGAAUAUGACGCUCAAGUCGACUACUACCUUCAAUCUCCAACACUACAACCGACAUACCUCGAAGAUGAUAUAUCAGUAUGCAGUACUCCAACAACCCUCUCUCCUUCAGAUCAAUCGCCAGCAUCCGAACUUUCAGAGCUACCGGAAUCCACUGAGCCUUGCGAUAUCACCGAAACCGUGGAUGACUUGGGUGUUCGAGUUAUACCAUCACAUCAUGUAGAUUACCUCGCACACGACUGGCCAGAAGAGGAUUUAUGGGCGUCUUGGAAAUUCAUUCAAUCACAUCGUACCGCAUAUGAAAAUAGCAAGAGAUUAGAGAAUGCAUCUUGGAGAGGUUGGGCGAAGAAACGAUCCAACCUGAAAACAAUCGAUCCAUCAACAUUUGGCUGGGAAAAAGAUCAUGAUACAACAUGGCUUUACGGACCACUCCAUAAGCCAGAUUCCUCGAAAUCUUUAUUUUCUUCUCCAAUGGAUAUGGAUUGUCGACCAAAACUGACGAGAUCAAUGUCAUACGCAGACGUCAAUGUAAAGCCGAUUCUUAAACAACGAGGAAUAUGCGAUGUAUUAUUGAAACGUUCACCAUCGGCUGGAUCGGAAUCGAUGGAAUCUUCCCUACCUUCCCUUUCUUCCGGCAGAUCAUCCCCUACAUCGACCUCUUCAAGAAAAUGUGUUCGCUUCAACGAUGAGGUUGAACAAUACAUCGCAGUGAAUAGUUCAUAUGAAGAGGUAACCGACUUUACGAUGGGGAAAUCGAAUAUGCGAAUUGUCGCCAAACUUCCAAAUUCGACUCUCAAGAAUACUGUCGAGGUUGAUAAUAUCUCUGCCGUGGCUUAUAGUCUACAACAAUCUUUGAUACAAGAUCAUUUCGUCCUACCGAGGUUCGAAUAUGAAGAAUACGCCAGCGCUGCGAAUGGUGACGAUGAUGAGUGGGAACUUUCGAUGAUAGGAAUGGAUUUCAAGUCGUCGACGACUUCGAUUUCCGUAGGAGGAGGGAUUUAUUAAUCUGGGUAAUGUUUCACACUUAGCAUGGCGUCUGGGUGGAAUAAAUAAUAGCAGCAUAACAGGUGUUUUGCAUAGCAUGUUUUGAGGAAUUAUGGGAUGAAUGAUACCACUUGCUACUCGGUGCCCUUGGUUGGGCAACCUGACUGGCUAAAAUUUGAAGAGGAACGCAACGUCCUCGUCGGUACUGUAAUGUCCGGCAUGGUUUUGUACCCAUAGCAUAGCACAUAAUGAAAGAAAGAAAGAAAUUAAAACUUAAAGCAUGAGGAUAUUGAUAUGAUGAGAUGCGAUAGUUGAUGGUGUGUACGUGAAUCCUUUGAAAGGAGGAGGUGGUAAAUGAUGUACGUCGUUGGCAAUGUGUAUAUGUAUAUGUAGGUAUGAAUCUAUGAUGAGGGGUAGCUUGGUAUUUUCCUCUAGAGUCGGGUGCGUGAUUGGAU